AUGGAUACGGCUCAAUGGCCACAGGAGAUUGUAGUGAAGCCCUUGGAAGAAAUAGUAACGAACACAUGCCCAAAGCCACAACCGCCCAAGCCACAGCAGCCACCAGCGGUUGGAGCGGCGGGUGGAGCUGAGAGGAAGGCAAGACCAGAAAAAGACCAAGCUGUAAACUGCCCAAGAUGUAAUUCAAUCAACACAAAGUUUUGCUACUACAACAAUUAUAGCUUGACGCAGCCAAGAUUCUUCUGCAAAGGUUGUAGAAGGUACUGGACUGAAGGUGGUUCGCUUAGGAACAUUCCCGUUGGUGGUGGCUCAAGAAAGAACAAGAGAUCUCACUCAACUUCAAUUUCUUCUGAUAUUAGUAACAAUCACUCGGAUUCUACACAACCAGCUACAAAGAAGCAUCUCUCUGAUCAUCAUCACCACCACCUCAUGAGCAUGUCUCAACAAGGUUUGACCGGUCAAAACCCUAAAUUCAAUGAGACGACCCAACAAGAUCUCAAUUUAGGUUUUCCACCGCAUGGGUUGAUCAGGACCAACUUCACUGACCUCAUACACAACAUUGGGAACAGCAGCAAUACCAACAAGGGCACUAACAAUCCAUUGCUUGGUUCUUCAUGUUCUGCCACAUCAGCUAUGGCAGCUUCUUCUUUGGAUCUCAUAAGAAACCAUAGGAAUAAUGGGAAUUCUUCAAAUUCUUCAUUUAUGGGAUUUCCAGUUCAUAAUCAAGAUCCGACAUCUGGAGGGUUUUCAAUGCAAGAUCAUUACAAGCCUUGCAAUACAAACACAACGCUGCUAGGGUUUUCAUUGGAUCAUCAUCAUAAUAACGGAUUCCACGGAGGAGAAGAAGGAGGAGAAGGUGGUGGUGAUGUGAAUGGAAGACACUUGUUUCCUUUUGAGGAUUUGAAAUUGCCAGUUUCUUCUUCAUCGCCAUCAAGUAAUGUCGACGUUAAUGAUCAUCAGAAGCGAGGAAGUAGUGGUGACGCAGCUGCAACUUCUGCUGGAUAUUGGACUGGGAUGUUGAGUGGAGGAUCUUGGUGCUAG